AUGGAUAGAUAUACCCAUUUCGAAGAUUUAUCAAAUGAAAUUUUCUUCGAAAUACUUGAUUAUUUACAUGCACUUGAGAUUUUUACUGGUUUUACUUCAUUAAAUAAACGUAUUUCGUCUAUAUUACAAUCAAUUCCACUUCGUAUUCUUAUUUUAUAUGAUCAUUCUCGUCGUCAAGUUGAUUUUAUUUCUUCUCAUCUUACUUUUCAUGCUCAUCAAGUUAUUUCGAUAAACAUUUAUGAUAAAAUUCGUGAUUAUACAUCUAUUAUUGAUUUAUUAUUUCAUCGACACAAUUUUACUAAUCUUGAAUCAUGUGUUUUGGUUGCAAAUAGUUCGAUAACGAAACUUGAAAAUGUUAUUAAACGAAUUAAGACUCUGAAUAAACUUGUUUCAUUUUGUAUUUGUGCACCAAAUGAUUAUAAUAUAAGUACAAUCGAUAGAUCUGACUUAGCUCGAAUUAUGUUAAUGCACAAAUCAUCUGUUCAUUCAAUUGAACUUCAUUAUCGUUAUGAUUACAUGGACAUGUCAAAUUAUAUGUUGAUACCUUCGAAUCUGAUCUCACUUAAAUUAUAUAUAUCUGGUUCACCUUCUACAGUAUCUGUUUAUUCAAUUUUAUCAAUUCUUCGCCUUUGUCAAACAAUUCGAUAUUUAGGCAUCAUAGUGAGACAGAAUGAUCAAAUUGAAAAUAAUAAUAUCAAUGUUUCAAUUUCAACGCCAUCUAUUAAUGAAAAUGAUCUUCCUAUAUUACCACACGUUAUAUCUUUCGAUUUAGAGAUUCUUGCUAGAUGUGAUAGCCGUUCAAUUGGUUAUAUUUUACGUUGUAUGCCUAAUCUAAUGUAUUUUUAUUUCCUUCUCGGGAUACGAAAAGCUGCGUGGCCAUUUCCUGGUGAAUUACUUGAUGGUUAUGUAUGGCAAGAUAUGUUAGAACGUUAUGUUCCACAUUUAUCUAAAUUUGAAUUGCAUAUGGCAAUUGCCAAAAAGUAUCCAAGAUUAAAUUUAGAUAUUGUUGUCAAUUCAUUUGAAUAUUUUGUUAAAAAAUAUUUUAAUUGGAAUAUAACUAUUGAUCGAUGGAAAUUUUAUUGCCGACCUCGAGAAGAAUUUGUUAUGUUACGCACAUUUAAUUAUCGGAAACACAAAGCAAGCUUAUGUAUUGGUAUUCCGAUUAUUUAUGGUGGAUCGUUUGCAACACAAUCAACAGCAUCAAAUAAUCAUCAUCUUUUUUAUUCUGAUAUUGAAAAACUAAUAAUAUUCAUCACAAAGAAAAUGCCAAUUGUUACUUGGUCUUCUGCUCGUUUUCAACAAGUCAAAUAUCUGAUUGUAGAAAUGCCAAUAAUACGUUCAUCGUUGUGGAACACUUUAUCCAAUAUUGUUAAAUUUAGUGAAAUGAAUGAUAAUGUCUUUGCAGAACAAAGUGUUACUUAUCUUUCACAUUUUGUUCAGUUAUCGAAUGUAUCUCAAAUAGAAUUUGGAUCAACAUUCGAUAUAUCUAGAUGGAAAGAUGUUCAAUUUAUUUUACAAGCAUGUCCAAAUGUAAUUAAUCUUAUAAUUGGUAGUCGAUUAUUGGUUUUAUCAAAAUUAAUUGAUAAUCCAUCUCUUAUUCCAAUUUUUAAACAAAUUAAAAUGAUUGAAUCAAUAACAAAAAAAAAUUAUUUUCAUUCAAAUUUUGCAUCAAAACUUGUUCAACGUUUUCCAUCACUUAUUCAUAUUGAACUUCAAGAUCUAUUUUGA